AAAAAAAAUAUUUAAUGUAAAACCCUAAAAUAAAACAUCUGCAGACCUUUUGAUUAGGGUUUCUUCAACUCUUACACACCUGCCAAUUGAAGUUAAUCCAUGGCAACAGUUAGAAUGAUAGAUAUUGCUGUUAAUUUCACAGAUAGCAUGUUCAAGGGUGUGUAUAAUGGUAAGCAAUGCCAUUUACCUGAUAUUGCAGCUGUUUUAACUAGGGCUUGGACCGCAGGCGUUGAUCGAAUUAUCGUCACAGGUGGAUCACUUGAGGAGUCCAAGGAAGCUUUAGCUAUUGCAGAAACUGAUGCAAGACUAUUUUGUACGGUUGGAGUGCACCCAACACGAUGCAAUGAGUUCGAUGAGAGUGGGGAUCCAGAAAAGCAUUUUCAGGAACUCUUGUCACUGGCUAGAGAGGGAGUUGAAAAAGGGAAGGUAGUGGCCAUUGGUGAAUGUGGAUUGGAUUAUGACAGAACUCACUUUUGUUCACCGGAGAUUCAAAAGAAAUACUUUGAAAAGCAGUUUGAAUUAGCACAUAUCAUGAAGCUUCCAAUGUUUCUUCAUAUGCGAGCAGCUGCUGGGGAUUUCUGUGACAUUCUUGAGCAAAACAAGCACAGGUUCUGUGGUGGAGUUGCACACUCAUUUACUGGCACACCUGAAGACCGUGACAAGCUUCUCGCAUUUAGUAAUCUCUUUAUAGGGAUUAAUGGUUGCUCUUUGAAAACUUCUGAAAAUCUUGAUGCUCUUAAAGGUAUCCCAGUCGAUAGAAUGAUGAUUGAGACAGAUUCUCCCUACUGUGAGAUCAAAAACACGCAUGCUGGGAAGAACUUUAUAAAGUCCACUUGGCCUUCUAAGAAGAAAGAGAAGUAUGACCAGGAUUCUGUAGUCAAAGGUCGAAAUGAACCUUGUUUAGUUCGGCAAGUACUUGAGGUUGUUGGCGGUUGUAAAGGCAUUGAUGAUAUAAACCAACUCAGCAAAACCCUGUACCACAACACAUGCAGGGUUUUUUUUCCUCAUGACUUGGAUGCUGCAGCAGAUGCUAUUCUUUCUGGUGUUCAGACUUCCAAGUAAUAAGUUCUUUGUUGUUUGCCAAGUUUUUUGAUACAAGAUGUACUCUUUUUCCUUGACAAAAACCCACAAGCUGUAUUAUGUAGGAGUUGCAAGCUUGCAAUUAAAAGAUUAUAUGUGCAAUUAUGUGGGUUUCAAAAUCUUGUUUUUUUUACUUAUCCCAUUUGACCUUUUA